AAAAUAAAAUACAUCUAAUAAUAUACUUUCUUCCAGUUAUAAUGACAUAUAUAAAUAUAACGAGCGUGAAACUGUUCGUCAAAGUCCAGAACGUGUUCGGCGUGUGUAAAGUGUUUGCUUGUCUGGUAGUCAUCGGCGGGGGCAUAUACGAAAUUUUUAAGGGAAACACGGAACACCUGAAGAAAGGCUUCGAAGGCAGUACUACGAGCCCUGGUGGAAUAGCCCUGGCCCUCUACUCGGGACUAUGGGCGUACGAUGGCUGGAACAGCGUCACUGUUGUCACCGAGGAGAUCAUCAACCCAGCUGUGAAUGUGCCGCUAAGCAUAUCCAUCGCUGUGCCCUUGAUCACGGCGCUCUACGUGUUCAUGAACGUGGCGUACAUGACGGUGCUGAGCUACGCGGAGAUGACGUCGGUACCGGCGGUGGCAGUUGCCUUCGGAGCGAGGGUGCUCGGUCCCGCCAGCUUCCUCAUACCACUCGGCGUCGCUGUCGCCACCUUCGGCUGCGCUAUGAGCGUGCAGUUCGGCGUCACCAGGGUGUGUUACACAGCUGCUCGUGGCGGCCAUAUGCUCGAAGUGUUUUCAUAUGUCAACGUAAAAAGACUGACUCCAGCGCCGGCGGUUGCAUUUCAAGCAAUCCUAACCGCAAUAUUCAUCGUUGUUGGCAACAUACAAACUCUUAUAGAAUUUGCUAGCUGGUUCCUAUGGUUUUUCUACGGGUUGGGCAUGGUAGCACUGCUAGUUCUAAGGAAGACGCAAGCAGAUACUCCUAGACCGUACAAAGUGCCUACUCCAGUGCCAUGCUUUGUAUUACUAGUGGCGAUAUUCUUAUCAGUGUUGCCAAUCGUACACGAUCCAUCGCUUAAAUAUUUGAUGGCGGUUGGCUUUAUAGUUAUAGGAGUAGCUGUUUACACAAUAUUUGUGUAUUAUAAGAAAACGCCUACUUAUAUUUUAAGUAAAUUCACAUUUAUAACACAAGUGCUGUUCCAGAGCGUCCCGCCGAGCGGCAACCGUCAAGACUGAAUUAACUAUAAUAUUGCUUAAUUAACUGUAAAUAUUGUCAAGAAAUAAUUA